GAGCAGGCGGUAGGAGGGUCACCAGACAUGCGCACAAGAUAUUUGCGUGUCGAGUUGUGUCCAAAGCUAACAAUAGACUCGUGGGGAAGCCCAGUGGUAAGACCAGCGCUGUACCAGUCUUGGUACAACUCAACUCAUUUGUUAAACUCAACUCUUGGAAGAAACACGAUGGCGUCCAUGAGUACUGAGAGUAUCUGGAACUCAACCUCCUUUCAAGACGGCAACAGGACACAAGAGGAAAUUGAUGACUACCUGGAAAAGUUGAACUAUGAAACUUUUAUCAAACUAGUUCCAAUGGUUGUCCUUUUAGUCGUGCUGAUUGUCGUUGGCGUCAGCGGCAACCUCCUCGUCUUCCUCGUCUACCUCAAGCAGUUCAAGCCCAGCUCCACGCGGGUGUUUGUGCUGGAAAUGGCCGUCUGCGACUUCUUCACUAAUGUCUUGGUCCUGCCCUGGCUGAUUCAGGACAUGCGGUACAGCUACACCAGCAGAGACUUCUUUUGCAAGAUGAAGGCGUUCUUGAUGAUCUUCCCCAUCGCCAUGUCUUUUCUCAUCCUCGUCUGCGUUGCCCUCGAUCGUCGUCGCCGCAUCUGUCAGUUUCGUAAACGACAGCUGAGCGCCCGUCACGCGACUUACCUGCUCACCGUUCCUCUCACCCUGGCCUGCUCAAUCGCCAUACCUUUCACCAUUCUUUACGGAUCCAGACCGCUGGAGACUGAUGUACCCGGAAUAACCGGCAGCACGUGCGAUAAUCUCGACACGUCAGUGGGGAUCCGAGUGAAACGGGCCUUCGGCUUCGUGUUGAUGAGCUACUUCACUGUCGGCUUUGUGCUGCUGGCUGCCUCCUACAUUCAAAUCUCGCAUCGAGUUUACCAGCAGAAAAAGAAGCUCGCCAGACAGACAAACCUUAACUCCAAUUCCCACGCAAUGAAAACGCAGCUGAACAAAACCAGUGAGUCUAUCUCGGAAUCGGCUGGACCGUCUGAUACGAAUACACCUGGAAGUGACGUCACCAGCAAAAGCGUAACGGUUUCGGAAGAAUCAACAUCUUCGCCAGACCAGGAAGAAAGUUUGCUUGUCAAGAAAACGAGAAAUGGCGGUGAAGAUAUACGAAGAGUGGAAGCCUCGAAUUUCGGACAGGAUCCUGAAAUCACAGUCUCUCCCCUCGUCACCAGUCCUCCUGUUCCUGAAGCUAGCGACCUUUCCAAAGGAGGUGACACGCGAAGCUUUCUUGGGGAUUGUCCACGUGACACAACAGCUACCCCGCUCCAUCCGGAAACAUCAAAGAAGACAGAGAACGGAUGUCGAUGUCGUAAAGGAGAAACAGCAAAUCCUGGUUCCAACCAUCAAGAUGGAAAACCAAGGCAGCAAAAGAGAGCGUUUGUAUCCAGGACAACUGUGAUGAUGUUUGUCUUGACAGUUACCUCCCUUGUCUGCUAUUCUCCAUAUAUGGCUGUAAAGAUUGCCAAACUGGAAUAUGUCAAUGUUGGUCUCAGCGCCUGGACCUUGAACUUGAACUUCCUUGCCCGCUUCUUCCCCAUCAUCAACAGUGUCAUCAAUCCUUUCAUCUACAGCUUUUGCAACUCCAAGUUUCGUCUGCAGUGUCGUCAAUUUUUCACCAAAGUGCGCAACUUCUUCUGUACACAGGUGUGAGAAAUUACCUGGUGGACACAGGUGAGACCUGUACACAAGUGUGAGGCUUGCUGUGUACAAAGGUGACAUGGUGCGAAAAGGUGUGAGACGAGGUGUAAACAAUUACUGUAUUGCCGUUCCUUGCCUGACUGAUUUCAUGAAGUUGUUUAAAAUAUAUAGACACUUGUGGAAUACCUUCACAAUACCGUUUGAUCAGGGUUAGAAGCUGUUAUACUAUUCUUGUUACUUUCAUUACCUGUUUUUUUAAAUGGAUAUGUGUUCCUCUCAAUCAAUAUUUCAUUUUUAUGUUUGGAACCUAUGAACAACUAAAAAAAUUAUUGGCAGUUUGUAUCUGUCAAGCAGUCUACAGCGGAAAAUAGCGUUUCCCUUUUGUGCAAAUCCUUUUUUUGUAUAUAGUAAAGAUUGAUAAUGCAAGUAUUCAAUAAAUUUGAUAAAGAAUG